AUGGCCGACGACCACGACAACGACGACCUCCCCCAGCCUUUUGAUGCAAAGAAGUUAGCGCCCGCCAAAAAAAGACAACGGUCCCCAUCACCCAGCGGAAGCGGAAAUGCGAACGCCUCGGGCGAAGCCCCGCGCAAGCUCAAGCGACCGGGGCAGCGCGCCCGCAUCAGCGAGGCCGAGAAGGAGAAGAUCCGACAGCGAGCUCUCGAGCGUGAGCGCCAGGCUCAGCAGGAGGCGGCGGCAGAGGAAUUGAGGCAGCGAUCCAGUAUUAAUGACGUCGUAAAGGCACACUACAAUGCCGUACCGGAGCGGGGCCGUGAGUGGCGUAAGACGGACAGCAGGAUCAAGGGGCUGAGGUCCUUCAACAAUUGGGUCAAGAGCUGCAUCAUUCAAAAGUUCGCGCCGGAUGAGGAUCACGCCCCGGGGGCUAUGGAGCGGGGGAUUACUUCGGGGGCCAAGCUGCUUGUGCUGGACAUCGGGUGUGGAAAAGGUGGGGAUCUGUUCAAGUGGCAGCAGUCACCGCAAACGGUGGAGUUGUAUGUCGGCUUGGACCCCGCCGAGGUGUCGAUCGAGCAGGCGCGGGAGCGGUAUCGGAGCAUGGCCAACCGUGGAGGCAGCGGACGCGGCGGCAGAGGAGGCCAUCAUCGGCGCCCCCCGCGCAUUUUUGACGCGCGUUUCCACAUUAAGGACUGUUACGCCGAGUCGAUUGGCGACAUCGACAUUGUCCGGCAAGUCGGGUUCACAGGAUCCAGCGUCAGCAGCAGCCGCGGUUUCGACGUCGUCAGCAUGAUGUUCUGCAUGCACUACGCCUUCGAGACCGAAGAGAAGGCCCGGCAGAUGUUGAAAAAUGUUUCCGGCGCGUUGAAGAAAGGCGGGCGCUUCAUCGGAACCAUCCCCAACUCGGACGUCAUCAGCUCCAAAGUCAUUGACUUUAACAAGCGCAUGGAGGAGAAAAAAAAAGCCAGGGCCGAUGGCCCCGUAACCACAGUCGAACCCCAAACCACCGAAGCCUCCCCGCCGAAAGAAGACGGCGAGGUCGAAGAAGGCGAAGCCGAAGAGACGGCCUCCUGGGGCAACGACAUCUACCGCGUGCGCUUCCCGGGCCACACCCCAGCCGACGGCAUCUUCCGCCCUCCCUUUGGUUGGAAAUACAACUUCUUCCUGCACGAGGCCGUUGAGGAGGUGCCCGAGUACGUGGUGCCGUGGGAGGCGUUCCGCGCGCUGGCCGAGGACUACAACCUGGAGUUGCAGUACCACAAGCCGUUUGCCGAGGUGUGGGAGACGGAGAAGGACGACCGGGAACUGGGUGCGCUGAGCGAGCGCAUGGGCGUCCGAGACCGCGUCACGGGCAAGUUGCUCGUCUCCAACGAGGAGAUGGAGGCGGCCGGGUUUUAUGUGGCCUUUUGCUUUUAUCGGGUGUGA